UCGCAAACGAACAUCCUUGAGUUGGCCCCGCGCAUUCCGCAGAGGUGAUAUGGGUGUCGAGUUGGUGGAGAUCGGCAGCGCCACUCUAGAAGUACGCGAGAUUUUUCUCCACUUCUGGCAUCGUCCGAGGCUGAAACGGCCAAUCUUUGCCUGGCGCCGCCUCCACCGAUGAUACACUUCUGACAAUAACGGACGCCGCCAUGGAUUUGACUCCUUAUAUCGCGAUGUCGACGUCGCCGACAGGCCAGCCGCAGCAUGAGCCUCACCCGUCGAGUUUGACGGGUCGGGUGUUGACCAAACAACGGUCCGAGCUCACGCCGCAGGCGGUGCGGCUGGCGACGCUCCACCUGCAACGGCACACGUCCAUGGAAUCGUCGUCGCUUUCCAAGGGAAUGACGUCAAAGCACUCGCCGGCGCACACGUGCAAACUCCCCCCGGCGCCCGAGAAAGAAGAGUCGCCCGCCAAAAAGUUCAAAAAGCACCUGCGGCAGGGCUUUCGCCUUCUCUCGAACGCGAGCUACAAGGACUUGCGAGAGCCCGAGAUGCAGUGGAAACGUGUGCCAGCACCGCCCAAAGACCGACGGACGGACGAGCCUUACACCGUGUGGUGGGUUGACGACGACGCGUUGGUCGGGUGCAUGAUCUGCCACGUCCCGUUUGGCAUGUACUUUCGCCGCCAUCACUGCCGGGUACGCCCGCUCUUGUUUGUGUUGUCAUUGAUGGAGCGGUCGCAGUCGUGCGGCGACAUCGUUUGUUCCGACUGUUCCAAGGCGCGGAAGGACGUGUAUGGCUUGGAUGGACUCCAUCGCGUGUGCGACGCGUGCAUGGUCGACGGCACGUGGGUACAGCCCCAACGACAACGCUCCAUCGUGGACGAUGCGGCUGGAGACGAUCGAGUCCAGCCCCACGCAUGGGUCGACUUCAACGAUCCACUGCCAGCACCGCCUCCGGAACCGUCUUCGGCGUGGGAGAUUCCAACACAUGCCAAAGGGGACGUCGGCGCACCACCUGGCCUUGUCCACGCUCCCCCACGACCGCUAAACGUCACGUACGAUAAUGCACUCUUGUCCUGGUUUCGCUCCACGACGUUGCACGACCAGAUGCGUUUCAACUCCCGUGGCACAUGAAGGCAAUGCGGCGUGGGUCGCAGACUUUAGCGCUGUCGAGACACUGGCGUCCCGCAACGUGAUGGAGGGUGCCCUGUCCGAGGACGACGAAAACGACCGAUCGAGCUGUUGUAGUCUACGCGGUUGCUGUGUCGUUUCAUGAGAACGUCGUAAAGCAACGGCGUCGUGCGAGCUCUCGAUUGAACUCCGAUAUGGACGUUCAUUUGUUUUGAGGCGGAAUCACGCGCGCCGCCAGCAAGUUGCGCAUUUCGUCGGACGGAACGGGCGCAACGGGCGUGGGUCGCCGGUCGACGUCGGGGUCAGCCACGCCAACGACGUCCAGGUCGCUGUGAAAGGUCACGUGCCGCCGUCCGACGCGCUGCUUGCGGGGCGGUAACGCGUCAUCUUCGUCUUCGUGGUCCAUACGCAACGGUGCGAGGUUGCGAGGCGUGUAAUACGCCACGAGGCACUCUUGGCGGUAGUACUCUGUGAUCGAGUGCUCGUGGACGUCGCUGAACCGGGAACGCUUUCGUGUCGGAGUGGACUGCGGCCGAGACAGGUCCAAGUACCGUGGCCAAUCUGCCGUUGCGAUGGCAGGACUCGGCGGCUCCCCGUGCAGCAUCAUAUCG